AUGGCGUCAGCGCUGCUCAAUGGACGACUUGCGUGCACCCAUUGCCGCCGUCGAAAGGUCCGGUGUAAUCGCGCCCUGCCCUCUUGCGAACGAUGUCUGUUCCAUCAGUUACAGUGCUCCUAUCCCAAUAGGCAGCGCAGAACCACUCGCAGUAAAGCAGCAUUCCAAACACAAGAUCAACAUGCUGUCUUAUCGGCUCUGCUGGAGAGACUUCAACGUGCUGAAGAGCAAACUGGGGACGUAUCGCAGACUCAAGAUACUGUUGACAAUUCAGACAGUCAAUACUUGACCACUCCCAGCAGACACCAAUCCUCUGGCCCAAGACGAGAUGGGUCUCCUGCGUCAACACAUAGCGUCAAUCCUCCAAACAACGAGAGUACAUUGGACGUCACAUCUAUCCUCAGCUGCGCCGUCGACAAAGUCCAGCAACUCAGGAAGAAGCAUCGAUUCGGAGUCAGAGCACUAACGUUGGAACCGAUCAAAAUCUCCCCAGAACGGGCAAAGCAAUGGAUCUACCACUACUUCACCAAUAUCGAAGGCAAGCUGCUCCCUGCACUGGUAGACCGCAAGCUCAUCGAUCUUAUGCCCGACCUUAUUGACAUGGACCAUGUUCACAUCGACUCCUGUAUGCUCAUCAUCUACUACUGCAUUCUGUGGCAGGGACUCUUCUUCCACAAGGGAAGCCCAUUCAACGGCAUCGACAACCACUACGCAAGGCAGGUAUUCAUAUGCUGCAAGCGCACAAUCCCAAUCUGGCAGCGAGAAGCCACAGGAACCGUCACCGACUUUAUUGCAGCUAUGUAUAUGACCCAAACUGCAACCGAAAACUUCGACUUCACCCUAUCCUGGGAAAUGCACAAACUCGCCUGUGAAUACGCCCAGACACUCCAAAUGCAGAGUCUCGACAGCCUCGACCACCACCCGGGCGGCCUCUCAAUGAGCGACCACGACCGCAUGGGCAUGUGGUGGCUCAUCCACCUCGACCUGUUCGCGCGCCUCAUUAACGACAAACCAGCCGUAUUCUCAUCCCAGCUUAACGACUGGAGAGUCAACAUGCCGCGUCUUGCAGCGGAGUUCUCGCAGGAGCGUAAUGGCGCGGUACCCACGAUGGCAUUUCUAGUUCGAAGCCGGCUUACUUUCAUCCUUAUUAGCUACUUUCAGGUUUCAGAGACGUUGAAUGACGAGUCGGAUAUACUGGCUGCUAUUAAUCCGCUGUGUGAGGACGUGGAGGGGAUAUUCGAAGAGUGGAAAAUGGAGGAAUGGCUAGAAAGCUACAAAGACGGCGACAUCAACGGCUGGAUCCUCAGCGACCUGGCACUAUCAGGAUACACCUGCAUUCUGUUUAUGCUGCGCAAAGCAUCCCUCCCGCAAAGUAGCGAGCACGAGGCCAUGCUCUCAGACAACGACGAGAUGAUUCCUAGGAGCGAGCUGUCAAUGCGAACAUCACGAAAAGUGCUUAAGCUCGUACACAACAUGAUCCAUGUCCUGGCUCUUCCUGGGUCGGAGGCGAUGUCGCUGAUCCUCGGCACAUAUCGGGCGUAUAUUGCGCAUGCGCAUCUGGCCAGUGGUCUUCUUCAUGACCCGGGUGCGUCUACAGCGGAUGAUGACCUGGAUCUUCUGCUAGAGGUCGCUGAAUGCAUAGAAGGGCUGGCGAGGGAGGUGAAUGAGUUUGUCCCUCUGGCAGGGGCUUUCAAGCUGGUAAACAACGAAGUACGGAGGAGGGUGCAAGAUAUAUCAGACAGGUAA